AUGCGAUACAGUCUCUUCCCCGCCCUUCUGGGGCUGGCCAUCACUUCGGUCCAGGCGGCGCCUGCUGUCAUCCUCGAACAGACCAAGGGGAUCCCGCCGGGCUGGAGCUUCCAGGCCAAUGCCAGUGCCUCGGACAAGAUCACUCUUUUUGUCGCCCUGAAAGAGCCCGGGAUAGAGGAGCUGAAGGCCAAACUCAACCAACGCCAAAACCCGGCCCAUCCCUCGUUUGGUCGGCACCUGAGUCGAAACGAAGUCCGCCAACACCGGAAACCCGCGGACGCAACCGCAGUUACUAGCUGGCUGAAGGGGAACGGCAUUCGCGCUGUCCACGACCAGGGGAGUCUGAUCAGUUUCGAAGCGUCCGCCGAGAUGGUCAAGUCCCUGUUCCAGGCCGACCUGGCGUACUACGGCUACCAGGAUAGCGACGCAGACCCGGUUCUGCGCGCACUCUCCUACAAGAUCCCCGCCUGGCUGCGCGACCACAUCGACUUUGUGCACCCCAUCACCAACUUCAUGCCGCCGCGCCCGCACCUAGGCCACCGCAGACGCCCGAAGCCGAGACCACACCAUCCGAAACCACACUGGCCACACCCGAAGCCCACGAAAAAGCCCCCCGCGGAAGCCACUUCGACCACCACUACCACAACCAAGUCAAGCACGACCACCAGCAGCGCCAGUAGCAGCAACCCCACGCUCAUCCACAACCCAUCCCACGAAGAGAUCUUCCCCAACCUCCCCUGCCUCGCCGCCACCGUGCCCUCGUGCAUCAAAAAGCUCUACAACAUCACCUACGCCCCCGACUCCAACACCCCCAGCCCGGUCCGUUUCGGCGUAGCCGGCUUCCUAGAGCAAUACAUCCUGCACUCGGACGUAGACCACUUCCUCGACACCUUCACGCCGACCCUCCCCCCCACCUACAACUUCACCGUCGAGCUCCUCCACAACGCCACCAACCCGCAAGACUCCCCCUCCAACGCCGGCAUGGAAGCCUCCCUAGACGUGCAAUACGCCAUGUCGCUCGGCCACCCGACCAACAUAAUCUACUACCUCACCGCAGGGCGGGGCGUCAAACUCGACGCCACCACCGGCAUCGCCCUCCCCGUCCGACACAGCGACAACGAGCCCUUCCUGGAAUUUUUAACAUCCCUACUCGCCAAGCCCGACGCCGAGAUCCCCCACGUGCUGAGCAUCAGCUACGCCGACGACGAGGUCGGCGUGCCGCGGGCGUACGCGCUGCGCGUGUGCGACCUGUUCGCGGCGCUGGCGGCGCGCGGGACGACCGUGCUGGUCGCGACGGGGGAUGGGGGCGCGGCCGGGACCGGCCAGACGGAUUGUGUGGACCGGGAUACGGGCAUGAAGAGGUUUGUGCCGACUUUCCCCGCGAGUUGUCCGUAUGUGACGGCGGUUGGGGCGACGGGGAAUGUGGCGCCGCCGGUGGCCGGGGCUGGGUUUAGUUCGGGGGGGUUUAGUGAUUUCUUUGGGAGGCCGGCGUGGCAGGAUGAGGUGGUUAAGCCGUAUGUGAAGGGGUUGGUUAAGGCGAAUGAUACGCGGGCGGCGUUGAUUAAUCAUGACGGGAGGGCGGUGCCGGAUAUUAGUGCCAUUGGGUCGGCGUUUCAGAUUGUGAUGGGCGGGAGUAUGAGCCAGGUGCUAGGGACGAGUGCGAGCACGCCCGUGGUUGCCGCUAUGGUGGCCUUGGUGAAUGAUGCGAGGAUGCGGGCGGGCAAGCCGAGUCUCGGUUGGCUGAACCCGUUGCUGUACUCGGCGAAGGUCAAGAGCGUGUUGAGGGAUGUUACCGUGGGCGACAGCGCUGGGUGCUGGUUCCCGGACAACAGCAGGUCACCUGGGUGGUCGGCUGGGGAGGGAUAUGACUUGGUCACUGGCCUGGGGGUGGUUGAUGAUUUUAACGACUUUCUGGAAGCGCUGAUGUGA